AAGCAUGUGGAUCAAAAUUUUUUCACCACUAAAUCGGCCAUUGAAUACUGUCUAUGUGACAUUAUCUGAAUUUCCAAAAAUCUCACUUUCGUUUUUUCGCCUAAUUUCCAUGUGGUUGCCCACUGUGAUAUCAUCUGAUCAAGGUACUGAAUAAUUUUUAUCAAAAUUCAGAUAAUAAAAUCCUGUUUUUCUUCUGCUGAAAAUUCUGUUCUGCUGAAAAAUGAAAAAAUCAACUUUGCCAAUUUUUAGAAAACUUACAUCAGAUCCCUAUUGAGGACAAAGGAAAAACACGGUUUCAUUUCUGAAACAGUCAUUUUUUCAGAGUGCAGCAUACACUUUUGCAUUCUGUAGCAAAACGUUCAAUGUACUUUUUAUAGAGAAUUGCAAGGCACAUCGUUUUCGAAAAAAGACUGAUUCUUGGGAAUGAAUUUCACUAUUCCAUAGGCCAAUAAUAUAGUGAAGUGAGUUUGUGAAGUGAGUUGUCAACAAUGUCGUUUUCUUUUAUCAGUUGCACAAUUCAAUUUAAUCUAAAGCUAAAUUAUGCGUUUUCCUGUCAGAAUGGAAAAAGGUGUAAGUGAGUGUGUCAAAAAGAAGUGCUUCUUUUUGCGAACUUCACUCAUGUAUAGACUGGACGUGUUGUUUUUCGUCCUACAUUUUUCAGUCUACAUUCGACUAUAUACGGUGCUGGCAAUUCAAAAGAUAACUAAAAUUUAUUUUUGAUUUAUCAUUAGGUUGAGCUCAUCAAGUUAUCUAGAAAAAACUGAAACGUGGAUCUUUGAAAGUCUUUUUCCAUUUAAAAAAUUUAAAAAUAUUGAUUUUUUAAAAAUGGGCAAAAUUCAGCCAAAUUUUCAAAAAAAAAAGCAGAAUUUCAGGGUUUAUUGUCUUUUUUUUAAAAUUUUGGUAUCAUUUUUUUCUGAUUUUACAUACAAAAUUGAAUAUAAAAAGUAAUUCAGACACUUUGAGAACUUGAUUGGCCGACUGAAAUCGCUGAAGACCGGGCACAACGGCUGGAACCCCACCCGAACUUUUUGUAAGCCUAUCUAGUUGUUUUCGUUAGCAGUUAGGCAGGUUCUUUUUCUUUGUUUAAGUCAUCACACUUGCGGGAAAAAAGUUAGUAUCGAUUUUGGAAAAUAUUGUUCCGUUGUUGCGAAAAUUAGUUUUCUUGAAACAGGUAGAAAAAAACAAGAAAAUUCACUUGUAUUUGGUAGUAUAGUACAAAAUAUAUACAUUGUAAAGACUAAAGUCAUGCUCAACGCUUCGUAGAUCUAACAAGAUUUAAUAUACAACAACAAGCACCAGUACAACGUUCAAAUACUACACAAGAUAUGGCAACAAUUGAUAAUCAUGCAUUAACAAGAGACUUGUCAAAUGCUUUCGCUUCGAUUUUAGCUGAACAUCGUGAUUAUGAGGAAGCAUUGAAGUCUUAUGAAAAAUGUCUUGAAAUUCCAUUGAUUUUACUUCCACCAAAUCACCCUGAUAUUGCAACACUAUAUAAUAACAUCGCACUGGCUUGUGAGCAUCAAGGUGAUUAUUUGAAAGCCUUCAAAUCUUCUGAGAAAUCUCUUGAAAUUCAGGUGCUUUCACUUGCACCAAUUCAGCCUAAAAUUCCAAGAACCUAUAAAAAUAUUACAGCACUUAAUGAAGAUCAAGGUGAUUAUAAGAAAGCGUUGAAAUCUUCUGAAAAAUCUCUUGAAAUUCAAUUGUCUUCACUUCCACCAAAUCAGCGUAAAACUGCAAGAACAUAUAAUAACAUUGGAGCAGGUCAUGACUAUCAAGGUGACUAG